AUGCUUGUCAACAACCACUUCCUUCAAAAUUGGCCUUUUCCCGACGAGCGUUCCCGGCUCAAGUUUGUGGCUGAAGGCUUGCCGACAUGGCACUGCUGCCAGUAUCCUACCUCUCUGAAUGACCGUGUGGUUGUCGCGUCUCGAUUUACGGUGAUGCUAUUUCUGGUUGACGACCUGCUCGAGCAUAUGUCGCUGCAAGACGGCUCAUCAUAUAACGAGCGACUCAUUUCCAUCGUCAAAGGAGAAAUCUUGCCUGCAGAGGACUUUCCUAUCGAGAAGAUAGUUCUCGAAAUUUGGCAACAGAUGAGGGCCAUUGACAAGACCCUCUCAGAUGAUGUUGAAGCGCCCACCUUUGAGUUUUGGCGCUCCCAGAAUGCCGAAGCUCGGCUAGCGAAGAAGAGCAUCGCAGAGUACCUAGAGUACCGAGAGCUUGACGUUGCUUCGCAGCUCCUUCUGGCUCUGCAGCGUUUCUCACAGGGCAUCACCGUCACGAAGGAGGAACUAGUCUCCGUAUCUGAAAUCGAGCUAAACUACACGCAUCACAUCUCUGUCAUCAACGACAUUUUGAGUUGGGACAAGGAGUACCGUGCGUCCAAAGAUAUCAACGCCGAAGGAUCCAUCGUGUCCAACAUCGUGCAGGUUUUAGCCAACGAAACCGGCUUGGACUACGAUGGGUCGAAACGAGUUUUGUGGACCAUGUGUCGUGAAUGGGAACGAAACCAUGCGGAUCUUGUUGCCAAGAGGCUGGAAGAGGGAUGUUCUGAUUCUUUGAAGGAGUACCUGGAGGGAAUCGAGUUGCAGAUGUGUGGUAACGAGCUGUGGAGUCGGACUACCUUCCGGUACAAUGCCCCCGACUUGAAGUAG